ACGGCACGGCGAAAACGCGUCACGGACAAUAAUUUUGCCAAAAAUAAAAAAGAAAAAUCCGGCAGCUCCACAGCCUAAAUUUGGAGCUUCGAUUUUUGAAAUACGAACACCAAUGAUGAUCUUUUGACGUUUAAUAAUUAAAAAAAAUACACGGCUAAAGACAUAAAUUUGUCUUCCAUAUAAUUGAUGAUAAUAAAUUCGACUGAAUUAUUCUGAUAUUGAGGUAUAAUUUACAAGAGACUUAUUAUUAUUGUAAGGAGCUGUGUUUGUGUGGCCAGGCGGGCGAUUUCGGCGUGAACAACAGGAUGUGGUACUUCUGGCGGGCGUGGAGCGUGGUGGUGUGCGCAUGCGUGGUGUUCGCGCAGCGCAUCGACCAGGAACCACUGCUGUCACCACGGCCGGCGAGGGUCCGCGACAGGGAGAUCGGGAAACCAGAUGAGCCUACCUGCGACCAGCUCAAAGCCAUGUGGAGGUUUUCAAAACGGCAAGCUCGUGCUCCCGAGUUCGUGAACCAUGUUGAUUCAUACCGCGAUCCGUUGAUGUACAACGAGUGGCCAGUGUAUACUGCGUUGCCCAGAGCCGCACCCAGGUUUAGAUACCAGUAUCCUACGCUGCCGCGGGAGGCGUACGGCCGGGUCGUCACCAAAGCGCCCCCAAAUGUUGUCCGCACACCAGACUAUGACGAGAUGUUUGGCAUGCUGAAUGUACCACAUACGUCCGGCAAGAUCCUCCGGUACCCGGGCCCGUCGCGACCUCGAGGGUCCACCUUCAUGGUACCACCACAACGAGACAGGUUCGAAGCUCUGAAGAAGUUGAUCAGACAAGAGCACGUGCGUGAACUGCAGAGGAAAUACGACACGGAACAGAAACAGGAAUUGAAGGAGAUCACUUCAGGGCGCGGUGGUGAUGACUACGUAUAUGGCAAUUAUGGUGAACAGGAGCCACGAGGUCUGCAGCCCUUACAAGUGGAGUAUUCUGCUGACGAGCCCAGCGCAAGGCACAACAAGAAACCACCUUCACCUGGAAGCCGCCAGAUCUCUCAGUUCUCUCGGUAUUCCGACGUGAUGCUGCCACCAGUCCGCCGUACAUUCUAUCACCCGUUCUUCGACUACUUAGCCCCUGAGUACGUCCCUUAUGCGUACUGAACCCUCCCCCACCCCUCGGACUCAAAGGGCGGACUUUCUAUAACGUUCUAGAACAUUCUACGGGAACCUUCCCGCGAAGGGCUUUAAUUCCAACUAUUGUUUCUACGCCAUAUCGAAAUCAUAUCUUCGCUUCGCUUGGUCGACAGUUUGUCCCCUAUACGCGAGCUUGGGCAAAACUUACUUACUGCAAUAUUUUUAUAAUUAUUCCCCAUUUUCUAUGUAGAUAUUUGACUUUUUAAUAUACCCCUUUUGAAUAAUCGCAUUGUAUUUUUCGAUAGGUUUAAGAAAAGUGGGAUAGUUCUUCGAAUAUAAGUCCUAAUAGGACACCAUGGAAUUACGGUACUUCCAAAUGUGACAAUAAAUCACUAUUCGUAUACAAAUCGAGCAAUUAAUCCUUUAACACCCGUCAAUUCCUUAAAUAAUUAAUUCGACGAUAAUGUUGCAACAUAAUAAAUUUAUAUUAUUAUACUCUGACAAUAAUAUUGUAUGGGUGUUUUACAAUUUGAUGUUUCGUAGAAAAUAAGGGUGUCGAAAAUUAUAUAUUUUCAUUUUAAAAUAAGAAUCUAAUUAUUUAGAACGCGGCGGGAAGCCGGACAAAGAUUGCCAGGUUUUCGCUUUGAUUCUCCCAUUUAAUGAGAUGUCUCUACUAGCAACAUUAAUAAUCAAAGGUCUGAUUUUUGACGUAUUGUUUUUAAUAUCAAUUUUGUAUAGUUUCUUUUUAUAUAAAUAUAUAUUUACGAGGUACAGUCCGAGCCCGACGGCCUCUUGGAAUCGAAGCGAAAAAUACUCAAGUAUCAAUAUAUGUUUACUAUCGUUUACAUGUUUUAGUAUUAGACGCUCGCUAAUUUUUAAUGUAGAUACCUAUUUAUAAUUAUUUAAGUUAAUUUAAACGCAUUAUAAAUUAGAAUAAAAAUAAUUUUGUAUUCGUAAUUUGUGAUGUACUUAUAUUUGUGUGCGAACUGCCAAUAUGAAUUUUCAUUUGCUUGUUGCUAAAAUUUUUAUUGUAUUAUUCAGUAUUAUUUGAAAAAAAAAAUGUAGAAUACUCACGACUAUGACUUUAUCUUUAUAGGAAUGUUAUAUACUAGGCUGACAAUAACUGUCUGGAAGUCACUACGGGCUCCGUAGAUUAUUUAUUCACCAAAUAUAUACAUAAUCAUUGUUGUGAUUAGUCACUAAGUGAUAGUUAUCAUGUAAUAUAAUCUUCAAAAGCCUUCAAGACGGCUAAGUCGAUUUCGGAUGUGCUUUGUGCGAAUCAAAUUUGUGAAUAUCGUACGAUGUAAUUGCGCAACCGAGGUCCGACAGAUAAAUGCUUUAACUACGUUUAAAUGUUUCAUGUUUAUUGUAAUAGUUAAUUGUAAAUUAGCAAUUGGCGCGCCUCGCGCGGCUUAUUUAAUAUUUGUGUACUAUUGGAUCUUAGGUGUAGGGUUGGGGGCAGCCUGAUAGGUACCUAUGACGAUUAAAAAUACGAAGGUAUUUUUGAAGGAGUAAAAAAUAUUUUAAAAUAUCGACAAAGCGAGACAAUAAUGAAAGUUCCGGAUAAAAAAACGAAUGGCGACGGUGUUUCGUCGGUCGCUUAUCUCCAUUUUAACAGUGUUGCCAUUACCUAUCAAAUGUUACCCAAAAAAAGUGUUGCCAUGAAGCGGAGGCUGUAAUUCUAAGGAAAUUGUUAUCUAUUUGUGUACUAUAUUUAUUAUUAUAUCUAAUCAACUAUCGACUUGUAAGUAUCGACCCAACACGUCGACAUAACCUCACAGACUAUGAAAUUUGGCUUUAAAAUUAUAUAAACACAUGUAUUAUGAUGGCUUUAAGCAAGUCAAUGAAUUCAUUAAUCUUCUAUUUAUUGUAAAGGGUUUAUUGUAGGAUGUGUCAUAUCCUACAUAUUACGAUUUAGCGAGAUUAUCUAUACAUAUUUUUAUUUAUAUAUAAUUUUCUAACAAUAUUCGGUAGAGUUUUACAAAUUAUUUUAUUGUCUUAUAAAAAAAAAUAUCAUUAAUAAAUUAGAUAGUGGAUAAAACAUUGAGUAGUGUUUAUUGGAAGCGUAUUGCAAUUAUAAAUAGGUGUUUAAUUAAUAAAUCGUAUGAUAUAUUGCGUAGACAUUUCGCAUUUACAUAUCCCUGGACUAUGAAGUCACAGUAACUGGAAACAUAUAAUUUACCAUAUCAGUAUUAUAUUUCUGCAUUAUGUGAUAAAUAUAUGUGAAGCCAUCGAAUGUAAAAAAAAAUAAUAUGUCCAUUUUUAAGCUAAGGAACUAAUUCAUACAGCUUUCUUCAAUAUGCCAAAGUUUUAUGUAAUACACGUGGAAAGCUUUGUGUAUUUAUUUUAAUUUUACAUCGUCAUUACAAGAUAAAAUCUUAAUAAUAAAAUUAAAUACAAUAAUAUAUUUCUUUAAUAACGAUUCAAUACACUUCUUUAUAUAAAAAAAAAAAAAAACUAUUGUCUAUGAAUACUCAAAUACGUAACAUUCGAUGGUUGAUAGCUAAAAAUCAAUAUGCUAUAUAGCGUAAUAACCAUAUACAGCGCGGUCUGUGUUUUGGACAAUAAUUUUUAAUGACAAUAAAUCUGUGUCAAAUGAUAUAUGACCUUAUGUUGUAGACAAUAAAAUUCAAUGUAGCGAUGCCGCGUCUGUACGUAAAUUAGGUAUACAAAUUAAAUUAUCCAUAAUAAUUAAUGUUUUAAAAUGUAUAUUAAUUGGUGGUUUUUUUGAAAAAUAAAGAUAGUUACCUACUC